CUAAACUUGUGUUUUCAUACACAGGCGUGCACAUGGGGUGUUGCCUUCGAAGUGACUGGCUCUCAGGUCGAGGAGUCUCUCAAGUACCUGAAUGUGAGGGAGGCGGUAAUAGGCGGCUACCUGACCCAGAUCGUAGAGUUCUUCCCGCAGGGCGCAAACCAGUCACCUGUCCAGGCUCUGGUUUACAUCGCCACGCCUGACAACCCUAUUUACCUGGGGCCUGCCAGCACAAAGGAAAUUGCUGCUCGGAUCGCAGUGUGCAAGGGGAAGUCGGGCCACAACAUCGAGUACCUGCUUCGCCUGGCGGAGUUCAUGAGAGUCAGCUGCCCUGAUGUGGAUGACCCUCACCUGUUCUCCAUCGAGGCAGCUGUUCUUGCCACCAUUAGACCCAUAUUGUUAGCAGGCUAGACACCUGUAUCUUCUAUAAAACAUUAAAUAGGUCAACAUUUAGUCCAAACACCAUUAAAGUCCUAACAUAAAGUUCAUGUUGCCGUCCUUGAGGUGUGUUUGUGAUUUAGUGACUAUUGAAAUAUUUCAUUCUUCCUAUACCAAGCUAUUAAAAUUUACUGUACUACAGUAAAGGUACUGUAUUAAGGGAACAUGGCGUUUUAGGCUUUCAAUGUUGUCAUUCUAUAGCAUGAUAUCAUGCGUACUGUCAGUUCUCAGUUGUCUUCUGCUCUUGACCCAAGUACAUGGUGCUGUAGUACAAAGGCAUGUUUGUGUGACAAUGUAUUGUUUAUCCAGUUUUGAAGCUGUUCAAUUUUAUUUUUUAUGUGGGCAUAAACCUCAAUACACUUCCAUUUUAAUUUGCACUGAAGCGGAAUACUGUUAAGCCAUUACGAUUGUUUUCCUUUUGCACAUUAAAACCUAAAAGAGAACCUGUGA